GCUCUACCGACUGAGCUAUCCGGGCUCUGACAGACGAAGCGGAAGUAACCGUCAUAAACCAAAAAAUGUUAGCGCGUGCAGCGUAUGUCUGCACGUUAGAUCCAACAUGACCACUUCUUUCGAAAAACCGCACACGACAGACGAAAAUAACACGGUUGAAGCGCUUCAGCAUGAAAUCCAAGAAAACAUCCGUCAACUAAAUGAAGUGCAGCAGAAAAGACAGGUUGUUGAAAAGGAGAUAAAUGACAGUAGGAGUGAAGCUGAACAAAGAGUGGAGCUGAUGAUGGGGCAUGGUGAAGUGGUCGAUGCAUUACAUCAGCUGGGUUGUCUUCUGCAAGAGGAAGCUCAUCUCUCAGAGCUACUGAAUGAUCAGGCUGCAUCAGACAGAGUUCAAAUGAGUAUUUUGGAAGACAGAAGCAAGACCGCUGCAGAUAAGGCAAGGAGCCUUGCUGCUGAAAUCCAGAAGGUGAAAGAACAUCUGGCAGAGAUCAAGGUUAAUCAAAAGCCAGCACAAGCUGCAAGCCCAAUACCAGCCAGAAAAUCCAAAGAAAAGAAGAAAAAGAAACAAUAAUUUGGCAUUCUUUUUGUAGGCUACUAGCAUGCACUUUUAGACGCGUCUUUAAUUAUUACAGUAAAUGUGUAUAUAUUGUGUUACGAUCAAUAAAGUUAUUUUCAUUUCAUACCAGAGACUGUUUUUCAUUUACUUUUUGCUGUUCCUGAAAUAAAUUUGAGCAGAAAUAUUGUUUACCGUAAUUAUGGAUCAGCUUUCCAACAGUAAAGCUUGUAAUAAGGGAAGAUGGGACUCAGAGCAGGAAUAAGGAGAGAAAUGGAGGAGAUAAACUAUGUUCCCCUUUGAUCAUAAUGUUAAAUGUGAGUUCUUGUGGCAUAAUUGUUGAACAUUAGCCACAGACAAGAGCACAACAUAAAUAACAUACUGCAGAAUUUAUCACUUUAGCGAAACAGCCAAAAGUUAUGCAGCAUUUCAGUUUAUUUACUUGAAAGAAAAUCCCCCGUGCACAUUUUUUUAAAUUCCAUCAUUUGUUUGCUAUCAUUUACUUACUGUGUGUGAAAUGUUCCAAGUGAUAGAAACCAGAAGAACUUUCUGAACACAGUAGAAAAAAACAAAAAAAUUUUAAAUAGUUGGCUUCAAAGAGAUCUGACAGUAUUUGGAAGAACUCUUCUAACAAAGAUGGAAUCCAUUUCUAGACUGAUAUACCCUGCUCAAUCAUUGGCCAUAUCUCCUAAAAUUAUUAAAGAAAUAAAUAAAAUGAAUCUUGAUUUUAUAUGAAAGAACAAAAAUCACUACAUUCGAAAAAGCGAUUUAAUUAAGAAUUAUGAAGAUGGUGGUAUAAAAGCUAUAGAUUUUGAAAAUUUGAAUGGAGUAUUAAAAAUUAAAUGGCUUAAAUCCUUCUUAAUAAAUAGAGAGGAAAUUUGGCAUACAAUUCCGAAAUUUAUAUUUGAAAAAGUUGGAGGAAUGGAAUUCCUAUUAAGAUGUGAUUUUGAAAUCCCGAAGUUGCCUCUCAAACUUUCUGAAUUCCACAGACAAGUCCUCUUUUUUGGAAAAAUGGUUUUCAAACAUAACUUCAGCCCACAUGAUGUUCCGAUAUGGAAUAAUAGAACUAUUUUGGAUAGAAACAAAACCAUAUUUGUAAAAAGUUGGAUGGACAGAGGAAUUUGGUCAGUGACACAUAUUUUAGACGAAAAUGGAAAUACCCUUUCACUUAAGAAUUUCAAUCUCAAAUAUGAUGUUGACAUUUCUGAAAAUGAAUAUAAUAAGGUGAUUAAAAAUAUCCCAAGUGCUCUGGUUCAUCUAGUUAAAGCUUCUAUCGGUUAUAUAUUUAACCCUAGACUCAAAAUAUUAGCAGUUGAUGGGAUAGAAAUUUUCAAUAAAAAAUGUAAUAAUAUUUUCCUGAGAAACAAAUUAAACAAAACCUUUUAUCCAAACCCAAUACUCCGAUUCUCGUUACUACACAACUUUUCAAAAGGAGAAAUUAAAGUUUUGAGAGCCAACUAUCUAAAAUUCUCUUUACCCCCAAAGUAUAAAGAAGUCCAUUUUAAAAUCUUGAAUGAUAUUCACUCAUCUAACCAUUUUAUACAAACUAGAUUUAAAUUCAAUGUGGAAAAAUGUUACUUAUGCAAACAAAACGAUGAAUCGACUAAACAUCUUUUCUAUGAAUGUGAUCAAAUUUUAAUGAUGUGGAAAUCACUCCACGAUUGGCUGAACUCCAAUCAAAUUUAUAUAAACAAUUUCACAGUUGAAGAUAUCUUAUUUGGCAUUAUACUAAAAGAUAAAAAUAAUGAAUUUCUAAUUAAUAAUCUCAUAAUCUUAACAAAAUUUUUCAUACACAAAUGCCGAUAUCUCAAAAAUCCACCUAUGUGGAAUAAUCUCAAAAAUGAAAUUAAACUGCUGUUGAGAUCCAUAGGUAAAAUGUCCACCCCCAAUGCUAUAAAGCUUUAUGAUUUCAUUAUGAACACUAAUCUCUAACUGCUUUUUGGAUGAUAUAAACAAUUGACCUUGUUUGCUCUUUAACUUCCCCCUUGUAAAACUUUAUUUAUAUUCACAUAAUUUGUUUUUUCAUGCUGUCUUAUUUGUAUCCUUUCAUGUUCUAUUUUUGUUUUUUGUUUUUUUUUUUUUUGUUGUUGUUUUUGUUUAUUGU